UCGUGCACCAGACGGAAGUGUGCCAAAGUAUCCGGGCUGCCGCUUCCGGUCUGGAUAGACGCUGCUCCCGUACUCUGCGUCGUUUGUGUCAUGAGGCGAUAGGCCUCCGAGAGCAAGGCGAGGGGUGAAGCACCAAGAACCCGCCUAGGGACUCCAGAGUCAGGCCUUCAGCGGAAAGAUCGGACCAAAAGGGACCAGGAACCCGAAUACGACCUACCCUCUGUUUCCGAGGGGGCAGCUUCGACGAAGAACUCCGCCCCCCUUCCUUGGUAACGGCCAGAAAGGAGGAGAUGGCGCCAGCCAGGGAGCGGCCCCGGCCGAGACAGUAGGGGAGCGCGAAGGCGGAGCGAGCGGGAAGCCCCGGGAGAAGCGGAGCGGUCGCCGUCACCACUGCCGCCACUACCAUGGAAGGAGCCAAGCCAACCUUGCAGCUCGUGUACCAGGCAGUGCAGGCGCUUUACCACGACCCAGAUCCCAGCGGGAAGGAGCGCGCUUCGUUUUGGCUUGGGGAGCUGCAGCGUUCGGUUCAUGCAUGGGAGAUUUCUGAUCAGUUGUUACAAAUCCGACAGGAUGUGGAAUCAUGCUAUUUUGCUGCACAGACCAUGAAAAUGAAGAUUCAGACCUCCUUUUAUGAGCUCCCCACAGACUCUCAUGCCUCUUUAAGGGAUUCAUUGCUAACUCAUAUUCAGAACUUGAAAGACUUGUCGCCUGUCAUUGUAACACAGCUGGCUUUAGCAAUAGCAGACCUUGCCCUACAGAUGCCUUCCUGGAAGGGAUGUGUACAAACAUUGGUAGAAAAAUAUAGCAAUGAUGUAACUUCCUUACCUUUUUUGCUGGAGAUCCUUACAGUGUUACCUGAAGAAGUCCACAGUCGUUCCUUACGAAUUGGAGCUAAUAGGCGCACAGAAAUCAUAGAAGAUUUGGCCUUCUACUCAAGUACAGUGGUAUCUUUAUUGAUGACUUGUGUAGAAAAAGCGGGAACAGAUGAGAAAAUGCUUAUGAAAGUCUUUCGCUGUUUGGGGAGUUGGUUUAACUUGGGCGUUUUGGACAGUAACUUCAUGGCUAACAAUAAAUUACUAGCACUCCUUUUUGAGGUCUUGCAACAGGAUAAGACCUCAUCCAACCUUCAUGAAGCUGCUUCAGACUGUGUGUGCUCAGCUCUUUAUGCUAUUGAGAAUGUGGAGACUAACUUGCCAUUAGCCAUGCAGCUUUUUCAGGGAGUCCUGACGUUGGAGACUGCUUAUCACAUGGCUGUGGCACGGGAAGAUUUGGACAAAGUUCUGAAUUACUGCCGUAUCUUCACUGAACUAUGUGAAACUUUCCUUGAAAAAAUUGUUUGUACUCCAGGCCAAGGUCUAGGAGACCUUCGAACUUUGGAACUGCUGCUUAUCUGUGCAGGGCAUCCUCAAUAUGAGGUAGUAGAAAUUUCCUUUAACUUUUGGUACCGACUAGGAGAACAUUUGUAUAAAACCAACGAUGAGGUCAUCCAUGGAAUCUUCAAAGCAUACAUUCAGAGGCUGCUUCAUGCCUUGGCUCGACACUGCCAGUUAGAACCAGACCAUGAGGGGGUUCCUGAAGAGACGGAUGACUUUGGGGAAUUUCGGAUGAGGGUAUCAGAUCUGGUAAAGGACUUGAUUUUCUUGAUUGGAUCUAUGGAGUGUUUUGCUCAGUUGUAUUCUACUCUGAAAGAAGGCAACCCACCCUGGGAGGUGACAGAAGCGGUUCUCUUUAUCAUGGCUGCUAUAGCAAAGAGUGUUGACCCGGAGAACAAUCCUACACUUGUGGAGGUGCUAGAAGGAGUUGUCCGUCUCCCAGAGACUGUACACACAGCUGUGCGGUACACCAGCAUUGAGCUGGUUGGAGAAAUGAGUGAAGUGGUUGAUCGGAACCCUCAGUUCCUGGACCCUGUGUUGGGCUACUUGAUGAAAGGCCUGUGUGAAAAGCCUCUGGCUUCUGCUGCAGCCAAAGCCAUUCAUAACAUUUGUUCAGUCUGCCGGGAUCAUAUGGCUCAGCACUUUAAUGGACUCCUAGAAAUUGCCCACUCCCUUGAUUCCUUCAUGUUGUCUCCAGAAGCUGCUGUGGGUUUGUUAAAAGGAACAGCUCUUGUCCUAGCAAGACUGCCUUUGGAUAAGAUUACUGAAUGUCUUAGUGAACUAUGUUCUGUUCAGGUUAUGGCAUUGAAAAAGCUGUUGUCUCAGGAGCCUAGCAAUGGCAUAUCUUCAGAUCCCACUGUGUUCUUAGAUCGCCUGGCAGUAAUAUUUAGACACACCAAUCCUAUUGUGGAAAAUGGACAGACGCACCCGUGCCAAAAAGUCAUACAGGAAAUAUGGCCAGUUUUAUCUGAGACUCUAAAUAAACACCGAGCUGACAAUCGGAUUGUAGAGCGUUGUUGCAGAUGCCUGCGCUUUGCUGUUCGUUGUGUAGGCAAAGGAUCUGCAGCCUUGCUGCAGCCACUGGUCACACAGAUGGUGAAUGUGUACCAUGUACAUCAGCAUUCCUGUUUCCUGUACCUUGGCAGUAUUCUUGUGGAUGAAUAUGGUAUGGAAGAAGGCUGUCGGCAAGGAUUAUUAGAUAUGCUCCAGGCACUGUGCAUCCCCACCUUUCAGCUCCUGGAACAGCAGAAUGGCCUCCAGAACCACCCUGACACUGUAGAUGACCUGUUCAGGUUAGCUACCAGAUUUAUUCAGCGUAGCCCUGUCACCUUACUGAGGAGCCAGGUAGUCAUCCCAAUCUUACAGUGGGCUAUUGCAUCUACCACCUUGGACCACCGAGAUGCUAAUUGUAGUGUCAUGAGGUUCCUACGAGACCUCAUCCACACAGGAGUAGCCAAUGAUCAUGAAGAAGAUUUUGAAUUGCGGAAAGAACUGAUUGGACAGGUGAUGAACCAGCUUGGACAGCAGCUUGUAAGCCAGUUGCUCCACACAUGCUGCUUUUGUCUCCCCCCCUAUACCCUACCAGAUGUGGCUGAAGUACUCUGGGAGAUCAUGCAGGUUGACAGACCGACGUUUUGCCGAUGGUUAGAGAAUUCCUUGAAAGGUUUGCCGAAGGAGACAACCGUGGGAGCUGUCACAGUGACACAUAAACAACUCACAGAUUUCCACAAGCAAGUCACUAGUGCUGAGGAAUGUAAGCAAGUUUGCUGGGCCUUGCGAGACUUCACCAGGUUGUUUCGAUAGCUCAUACUCCUGUACUGUGCCUGUCACCCAGGAAUGUCUUUUUAAUUAGAAGACAGGAAGAAAACAAAACCCAGACCGUGUCCCACAAUCAGAAACCUCCGUUGUGGCAGAGGGGACUUCACUGCCAACAGGGCAUCCCAGCAGACAGGGAGAGACGCCAACCUUCCGCGGCAUCCUGAGGAGUCCCUGUUUGGGGUGUGAAGGAAAAUCAGCGUGUUUUUUAAAGAUGGCUGCAGCCUGUCCGGCAUGGUGGGAGGGGAGCUGGUUUCCUGGUGAACUUGUUUCUAAAAGGAAAAAUAAUUUAAGGAAAUAAAAAAAGGAAAAAAAAAAAAAAAAAAAAAAAAAAAAAAAAAAAAAAAAGGAA